GCGGCUUCAGAGCGGUCGCCUUUGCGACAUGAACGGCCACAGCAUUUUUUGGAACGCCCUGGCAUACCAGCAGCAGCAGGUGGCCAUGUUUUUGCUCCAUCACUUUCCACCCGGAAGUGCGCAGGGCAUUGACCUCUGGGAGGUCCAUCAGAGGAGGAAAGACACCUUGCUCCACCUGUGUGUCUACUUCCAGUACUUCUCGGCCCCAGUGGCUGAACUCUUUGAAGUGCUCUUUCUGGGCAUGGGCCAGGUGGAUAGCAAUUCAUUUCAGGCCUACUGGAAUAGAGCGAAUGCCGACUCGGACACCUUUCUGCAUUGUGCAGCUGCCAGAAGGAACUUCUGGGUGAUGCGCUAUGUUGCGUCCCAUGCCGGUGAGAUACUUUUUCGGAAUGGAAGGACGAGUGCUUUGGAGGUUCUUCUUGAGAAACUCGAGGAGGUGGGUGUGUCCUGCCCUACAGCUGAUUUUCCAGAGAUGGAGGUGAAACGAUCAUGGAUGGACUUCUCACGGUACUUACCCAUGGCAGAACCGACGGCCUUUGCGGACAUGGAGUUGGAGGUACAGCAAUCCACAGGCACUUACAGAGUAGCGGCCCACCGCUGUGUACUUGGUGCUGCAUCAGGUGUUUUGCACCAGGAGCUCUCCGCCGCGGGAAGGGUGUUGCUGAUUGACCCUCUGAGCUGCCGCAGUUCCAAGGUGUUGGACACUGUAUUGACCUUCAUCUACUCUUCCCGGAUCUCCUGUGACUACAGAGAGGACGGGUGUUUGCUUUGGCAGCUGCUUUGCCUAUGUGCCAGAUACCAACUGCCGGAGCCGCUCUGGAGAUACGCUCGAAGCGCGCUGCUUCUGGCUGUGAAGAACGCUGUG